ACUCGUUCCGAUAAUUUUUCUCGGUAUGUCCAGGAACAUUUUUUCUUCUAUUUUUUGCUUCGUUUUGAACUUGUCAUAAUCUUGUCAUGAUUGGAGGUUUUAUCCGAAAGCCCCAAGCAAGAAGGAUAAUGGUUUGGUUCGCUUCUCUUUCGUUUCCGCCUUUUAUCAUACAAUAGAAUGCUCUCCUAAUGUGGCGAAUAUUCUUAUCUGCUUUUAUAAAUAAUACUAUGUAGAGUAUCCUCUGAAAGCGAGGUGGAGACGGUCCUUAAUCAAAAGGCAAAGCAUAUCUCAUUGGAGGACAAUUCAUCUCCGGCUGGAGAACCCGUAGAACAACGACAAAAGUCACCCUCAAUAUUUCGAAAUACGUUUCAUCACCAACCGAGUCGCACGACUGAAACUAUGGCGUCUGCUUCUUCUUCUUCAUCAUCAUAUUCGUACGCUGCAGAUUUGUAUCCAAACAAUGCUCGCACCACAACCUCUCCCAAAUUACCUAUACCUCCAAAACAUCAGACCGCCAGUUCCAGUGAAAGUACAUCGAAAGCCAUGGCACGAAAAAAACGCAAACGAAGAGAGAUGCAAGCCGUAACCAUGAUCAUCGAGACUCGCGAGUUCCCUUACAACGACGAAUACCUAUGGAAAAAUAAUGGAAAUACCGUUCACAAGAAAACAGGCUACCGAAGCAUCUAUUAUAAAUGCACCAAUAGUCACAAGGGCUGCCCUGUGAACAAAACAGUUACUUUUAAAGAUCAAGGAGAAUACCUUAUCAAAUACCGCGGUGAACAUCUCAACGAAUGCAACCGCGUCAAGCACAUCAAAGAUAUCUAGCAUUUCAACAAAGCCGUAAAACACAAGAGCGAACUAUAUUGUCGCACGAUAUAGGCUUUCCAUUUCAUUUUUUUUAUUCUACGAUUGUCACCCGGGAGGUCAUCGUUUAACAUAUGCAAGAGAGCAAAUAAGCGCGCGUAGCUGGACAACGUGGCUAUGUAGUAUAUUUUUUUUUUUCAAUGUCACUUUAUGAUCUAUAAUUUCACAAGAAUAACAAAUAACAGAACGACACCACUAUGAUUUCAUGGAUAUAUAUGUAUUUGAAAGGCUACGUCUCUGACAAACAAAC